AUAAAAUCCGACAUUUUUACCCACCCGUUUUAAAAUUCAAUCAGAAGAAAAUCGUCAAUAUUCGGUUACAGAGAAAGUUCGCCGCACUGAUUCAAGGAAAUCCAGGCUUAAAAUUGGCUCAAGGCAAAGAAACAUUUGUACCUUCUGAAAAACGUUCAAAUUCACAAUUUUCUAAGAAAUCCAACGCAUACGCACGGGGCCGGAGCGAAGAUUUGCAGAAAAAUCCACUAAUUUUAUCCAUCCCUAUAAAAAUGCUUGAUACCAAUCGACAACGAUCUAGUUGCGAUCUUUGUCACCGGGUGUAUUCUACCCGAUGUCACCUACGCAGACACAUUGUUACCGUCCACGGCAGUAAAGAACGACCUCGUUUUCCAUGCGGAUUUCUCGGAUGUGGAAAAACUUACUUGACCCCGGAUGGUGUAUCGCAUCACAUGAAAAUUGAGCAUGCCGAGAACCCGACCCGAUUUCCGUGCACACUUUGCAGUAAAGAAUUUAAAACCAGAGAGCAACUUGAGGCGCACAUUUCCACCCACACGACAGAGAAAGCUUACAUUUGUUCCACUUGUGGGAGGAGCUUUUGCCACCGGACAACAAUGAAAAAUCACGAGGUUACACAUUUGGAAAAAUCGACCCGAAGGAGUUUCAAGUGUGAAAGUUGUCAUCAGACUUUCUUACGAAGAAGCAACUUACAACAACAUGUCCAAGUUGUGCAUGAAACUCAGAGGAAUCAUCCGUGCGCAUUUUGUGACAAGAGAUUCUCGACAUCAAGCAAUAUGAGAAAUCACGUGGAGGCGAAACAUUCCGCGAAUAAGGAGAAGAUCCAUUCCUGCGACAAGUGCGAGUACAGUAGCCACUCGAAAGCAAAUUUAGCGAAUCACGCGAGGCGUCACAACCCUGCGAAUCGACGAGACUGUUACUUCUGCAAGAAGCAGUUUUUCCACUUAUCGGUAUUAGUGAAACAUUGUCGUCGUCAUACUCUAGAAUUGUGAGAAUCCUGGAAAUUUGUUGCUGUUGUUAUCUUAUUUUAUUAUUAGGUCGGCGAUAUGCAUAAACUUGUUUUAUUAAGCCCAAUUAAAUUUUUUAAUUAUUAAUUUUUAAAUUUCAAAUAUGCUCAAAACGUAUAUAUAACGUUCAUAUAAUGUAAUCAUGCAUAAUAAGUGAUCGUCGAAAUACGUUACGACUUUCUAAAAAAUAAUAUUAAUCGCAUGUCAUAUCCAUUUAGAGGAGAAUAACAGAUGAGCAUGUAAUUAUUGAUGAGAUUAUGUUCCUCAGAAUUUUAAUGAAGCGAAUAA